GACGUCAAAAUAAAAUAACGUCAAAAAAGUCGAAGUAGGAUUUUACUGUUUAUCUCCUCUAAAUAGUAUUACAACUUAUAUUUGUUUGAUAUUAUUAUGAAAAAGUUCCGUUCUUAACUGAUACCGCGAGUAUGUGAAAUAUUCACGUAGAUCACCAUCCAUCAAAAUAAACCUUCAAAACUUGGUUCCUCCUGCCCUGUAAAAUAUCUGCAAAUAUGAUUGAUGUAAAGGCUAAAAUCAGUUCGUUCUUCAUAUUCAACUCCAAUUUUGGUCCCAGAGAAGGCGAAGAAUCCAAGCGAAUUUUGUUCUUUCAUCCCAGUCAAGUGGGCACAGAUGCACGAAAAAUUCAGGUGGGCUUGUGCGAAGCGGUAGUCAAGUUUAUGUCAACAUUCUCGUCUGAACCAUGUGAGGCCUUGCAAACACAAACAAAGAGACACAUAUUCUACCAACCUGAGAAAGGAUUUUGGAUGGUUUUGGUGGUCAGGAUACCAUAUACAACAAAAGCGUUAUCAGCUAUAGGAGAGAGUCAAGGAGAUGUGGUGGAGCCCUCUGUAAUGUAUGACUUAUUGUUGUCUGCAUAUAAAAUGUUCAGAAUGUUCAAAGGUCCCUUUAAGAACAUUCCACAGGAAGACAUUUACACAAUAUGUGAACAGUUUUUCACUGCAUACCUGAUGUCAAGGAACCUAACAAACGACAUAUCAGAUGUGAUCCAAGGUAUCAGCUACUUGCCUCUGGACAAAAACUCCUUCUUCAAAGUGGUCUGCUUCAUUGACCUCCUGGAGGUCAACUACCCUGACUUCAAAUGUGUCUCCUUUGUCUACAAUGAACAGCUGAUUUGGAAUGGUCUGUCUAAUGAAGACAUGCUGACACUGUAUCAGUACUUAGUUCAGUCUUUACUGCCGAAACAAGUGGAGAAGGAGAUCCAAGGAGGCGCCGUGGCGGCUGCCCAGAGGCACGGCCGCUUCAUCAGCCCACCUGAAGGCAUCCGCUCAGUCGAAGACCUUGAGAGAAUACCUAAAGUAUACCUCACCAGGGAAGAUGACACAGAAGCAAAACAGUAUUACUUAGUUAUUUACAGAACUUUAAGUGCAACAGUGUGUUUCACAGUUGAUGUAAGCGUCAAGUUAGAACUAGAGAUAUUCAAGUCACUGGAUGCGUUCAUCGGCCCGCAACUGUCAACCAUAGCGUCAGCAAUCAGCGAACAAUGCGCCCUGCACGCGUUACAGACCGCGCAGCUCGCCGUCUCAGACAGCAAGUUCGUCUACUUCAAUAGACUCAAUUUGGCAUAUAAAACGUCCGUAAGUAUUUUAUCGCCGGUCAGCAAACUGAUGCCAUCAACAGCUAUAAAGCCCGAAGUUCUAAGUAUAAUAGCAGGAAUACAUUCCGAUAGACAAAGCCUAGGAAAUUAUGGAGAAGUAAUAAUAAAGACUCCAGAUGAAUAUUGGAUCACAGGGAAGACAUCAAAUGAAAGAGAAUUUUAUGUUGUCAUCCAAGAGAAAAAUGCUAAUCUAAAGGAUAUCUCAGAUGAAGUAAAACGGAUAUGUGAAGCUCAGAUGAAGGGUAUAUUCUUUUACCCAUUAUAAAACUCCAGCAGUAGUCAUAUGACAUUGUUUUGUAUUAUGAAAUCAUAUGCAACAUGAUAAAUGUUUGAAAUAUAUUAAAAUAUGCAUUGUUAUAGCCAGAUAAUAAAAAUAAAACAAUUAUUAAUAAUUGUAA